UUUUAAACUAUCAAUGAAUUUACAUUUUCAUACACUUUUGUAAGCUUAUGAUUGCCAGUUUAAUAGCCAGGAAAACACUUUUCAUUGCCCAUGCCACCAACAUAUUCUGACAAGGACUCCUUCAACUUGCAGCGCACAGCGACUUCGCUGGCUUUGGUCCUGCUCCUGGCCACCAGCUACGUCCGGGCCGAGGACGAAAAGGCAGCCGCUCCCGCCGAGGAGAAGAAGGCAGAGCCAGAGGCCAAGGCUGCCGAGGCGGCGGCCAGCGAGGACACCACCAAGUCGAAGCGAGGACUGCACCACUACGAGGACUACCACCACCACCACCACCACGUGCCCCACUUCCCGGUGCACGAAGAGAAGACUCUGACGGUGAUCAAGAAGGUGCCCGUGCCCGUGCCCAUCGAGAAGAUCGUGCACGUGCCGGUGGAGAAGCACAUCCAUGUGCCCGUUAAGGUCAAGGUGCCCAAGCCCUACCCGGUGAUCAAGCACAUUCCCUACGAGGUUAAGGAGAUCGUGAAGGUGCCCUACGAGGUGCCAGCCCCCUAUCCCGUGGAGAAGCAGGUCCAUGUGCCCGUCCAUGUGCACUACGACCGCCCCGUGCCCGUUAAGGUUCAUGUGCCCGCUCCCUACCCAGUCGAAAAGAAGGUCCAUGUGCCCGUGAAGGUCCAUGUGCCCGCUCCCUAUCCCGUCGAGAAGAUCGUCCACUACAAUGUCGAGAAGCACGUGCAUGUUGACAAGCCCUAUCCCGUCGAGAAGGUGGUCCACUACCCCGUGAAGGUGCCCGUCGACAAGCCAGUGCCCCACUACAUCGACAAACCAGUGCCCCACUAUGUUGACAAGCCAGUGCCAGUGCCCGUGAUCAAGAAGGUUCCAGUGCCCGUCCAUGUGCCCUAUGAUCGCCCCGUGCCCGUCCAUGUGGAGAAGCCAGUGCCCUAUGAGGUCAAGGUCCAUGUGCCCGCUCCCUACCCGGUGAUCAAGGAAGUGCCCGUGAAGGUCGAGAAACACGUUCCGUACCCGGUCAAGAUCCCCGUUGAGAAGCCCGUCCAUGUCCACAUCGAGAAGCACGUGCCGGAGUACCACGAGAAGCAUGUCACCUACAAGGAGCCGGAGUUCCACCACAAGCACAUCGAGGAGGACCACCACCACGCCCCCAUCCAUCACCAUUCGCAUCCCAUCGUGGAGCAUGAGCACGAGCAUUGAGAAUGAACUGGUAUGGCAAGCUAAGACUCUUCCAUUUCCACAAUUUCCCAAAUCGAGUUGAAAAAAAAAAGAAAAUCCAAUCCAUAACAUACCACCUUUCCUACACAACGUGAUAACCGACAGAGAUUCAGAGAACCCAGACGAAUAGCCGACGAACUUAGCUUUUAGACCGAACUCUCUUCUAGCCGUAAGCCAUAACAUUAAACCGAAAAACAGAACACAAAUGGAUACCUUGAAACGUUGACGAAACCCGUGAGCCCUGUGAAUGAUUGGAUUGUAAAGGAACUUAGGAUUAAGACUUCCCAGCGACACAUUUGGGCCGCACAGCCCACACAACAUCAAGAACAUCAACAUCUACAAGAACAAGAACACCAACCCACUUCCCGCCCCUCCAAGACACUCGAUCGAACACAGACAGUUGCCAAGGUCCGGGACUCCAGGAUACCAGGCCUAUUGUACUGCUACGACGAUGUGGACUCUUGGAUGGACGGAAGCGACACCACCUGGGUGCAUCAUCGAUGUGGUUGCUGCUGCUGUUUUGUCCUCCAGCCGCGGCUCCUCCCUCUUCUGCUCUGGUCCACCCCGACUCGUGCACCCGUUCCAGUUCCCAAGUGAGAUGGAUCCAUUACCAUCCCGUCCUGUACUGAGGAUCGGGAUCAGUCCAUCCAGUUGUGUGCAGCGUCCCAGCGUUGUGAGCGUGUGAUAAGACUACUGAUAGCGUUUAAGCUUGUGCGAUAUUCGAGAUAGGAGACGCCUAUUUAAGUCAGUUUGUAAACGAACGUAUUGUAUUAGUUUUUGUAAUAUUCUUCGCUACCUAGUUUGUAAUACGUCUUUGUAGUACUGCUUGUUCGUAUAAGCAAUCGAAACGGAUUUAUAAAAAGUACUUAAUUUACCAAAUAUUUUUUGACUCUGUAUAAAAACAAACAAAAAAUC